AUGUUUGGACUUCAGAAGACCUUCUUUAGAAGACGUCAACGAGGAAUUUUUGAAAAAAAGGAAGACAGUGUGACGAAAAAGAGAAAUAGCACAAGAAUAGAAGAGACGCAGAGAAAAGAGGAACCAGCUGAUGGGAGAGAGGAAGAAGCUGACGAAGAAGAGGAAGUGGGACAGGAAAUGAAUAGGAAUUCGAGGAAUUCAGAAAAAUCCACAUGGUUCGGAAGCGUCUCCUUUGCCUCGAACCACGUCAACCUCGACGUCUUCUCUCCGACGUCUUCUGAAUUAUUGGAAUUCAACGAUGCCAUUGAUGACGUUGCAUGCACACAUCUCCACGUGGCGAUUCUGAUGAGCAAUGGCAAGAAAUUGGGAAUUCGACGAAUCGAUGAUUAUAGAAGAGAAUUCAGAAUUCUGGAGCUACCAGAAUCUGAAUCCUCGUUUCUUCUAACAACUUCCAAAGCGAUUUAUGUGGUUCGCAUGAAGAAUGAGAAGACGUCGGAGAUUCUGAAGAUUCUGGAAAAUUCAGAAGACGUCGAAAUUCGAAAUAUUGAUUUUCCAUGGCCAGUGAAAAUUAUGGAAGCCAGAGGAGGGCAUGAUUUUUGUAUUUUUCGAGAUUCCGCGGGGAAUUUGUUCUCGAUGGGCACUGGAACCCGCGGAGAACUAGGAGUCGGCUUAAUCCGUCGCUUGGACGAACCCGUGCACAUUGAGCACUUGGCGGGAAUUCAAAUUUCGAAAUUUGCGUGCGGCGGAUGGCAUACUGUAGCGCUGAGCAACGGUGGAGAUGUCUACGUAUGGGGAUGGAAUCGAUACGGAUCAUUGGGACAGAAUCAGUCCUCUACUGAAAUGUACCCAACGCUCCUGGACCCUUCUGAAGACGUGGACCAAAGCCUAUCUCCAGAUGAAAAUAUUGAUGACGUGGCAGCCACUGAAUACAGUACCCGGAUUACUGUAGGCUCCGCCCACUUUUCGAUUGGAAGUGAUAAUGAGAAGAUUAAUGAUUUUGAGCUAUAA